AUGACCGACCUUGUCCAUGACAAUAUAACUCAGCUUGAAGACUUUGGCCAAGAUGCCCGAAUCUCCAUCCAGACGCUUAAUGCCUCAAAUAUCAUCAAGAUAUCCACUGAAUGGGCGAAACUUUUGGAUCUUCCAGUCCCUCGAGCUCGCCGAUUCGGACCUAGUACGGCCAUGUCUGAGCUUAUACAGCCCCUGAUUCUCCGAGGGGAUGACUACCAAACCAAUCCCUCCGCGUCAGCGUCAUACUAUGGCCAGAAAUUUGCUUCAAACUUAUUGAUUCAAAGCAGAACUAUGAGCCAGGAUAUAGCGACUAUUCUCGGUUUUGUUGUCGCAGAUGGCCUAUCAAGGAUUGGAUAUGCUUAUGAUAUCGACGCCAUGUACUACCACAACUCGACCUAUGCAGAUCUGACAUCUCUAAGGUUUCGAGUUGGGGCUCAAUCGCCACAAAGCAAUUCCACCUGGACGAUUGACGAGUAUAAGCAAGACUCUGCGCUAUACUGGACCCGGUUUGACCUGAGUGUCGACCGAUGGGGCUAUGGAUACGCCAUCAACAGCAAGACUACCGUGUUUGGACUGAUAGUUCUCCUCACCUUCGGCAGCAUUGUGGUUUUAUAUCUUGCAUGGUGGGCGUUUGUCACUUUCCGAAGCUCUCUAUCCGACUGGGCCUUGGUUACCACACGAUGGGGCAGUAUUGGAGAAUUGCUGGCAUUGGCGAUCAACUCUCCGCAGUCAGUUGAGCUGAAUGGAACAUGCGCUGGUAUCGAUGACUGGGAUUUGUGGAAAGCUCCCAUAUGCAUCCGAGAGGUGGAGCCUCAGCAUCUGGGGUUGGUUGUUGGAAAGACCCAGGAAACACAUUUUCGUGUCAGACGGGGAGUCCGGUAUGGAUCCUUGCACCCAUAUGAACGGGGCUGA